GUUCUGUCUGGCCGCACCCAUGACAGGGGAUCACACUCAGAAUACAAUUUACAGAUUCGCCAUACAGCCGGUUUCACCACAGAUACACAGCCUGUUCAGUUGUUGUGGGAUGUGGUCGCGGAUGCAGUUUACACUCUUGCUGGUAGCAUGGCAGGCCCAUGCGGUGAAAUAUCAGCGGUUCUGCUACUUAGCCAGCUGGGCACGUUACCGUGCCGACCCCGUGGCCUUCAACCCCGAAGACGUCGGUGUCAACCUGUGCACACACCUCGCCUACGCCUUCGCCAACGUGGACGAUUCCGGAACUAAACUUAUCUCCGCCGAUCUCUGGUCCGACCCAGUCAUGUACAAACGUUUUACGAAUCUGAAGAAAAAAGAUCCUAACCUGAAACUACUUGUAUCUGUUGGAGGUUGGGAUGGCAAUCCCAAAGUUUUCAGUAGUCUCGUCUCCACUGACAAAAACAUCAACACUUUUGCUGGAAACGCCAUUAACUUUCUGCGUAGCCGAAAUUUUGACGGUCUUGACGUAGAUUGGGAAUUUCCGGCAGCUAGAGGAAGUUCCCCAUCUGACAGGCAACGCUUCACAAGGAUGAUUCAGCUAAUACGUCAGGCUUUUAACACCGAUGCGUCUCGGACCGGCAAAGACAGACUCCUGCUGACUGCUGCCUUGUCCCCAGACCCCUUUCGGGUCAGCCUAUCGUACGAGCCAGCCAAACUCGCCAGUUACCUGGAUCUGAUCAGCUUGAUGACGUACGACAUGCAUGGGCACUGGGAGGAGAUGAAGACGCCAGCUCACCACUCCGCCCUCUACGGCACGCCCACCGACGUGAUCAACAACGUCGCCUUCGCGGCCACGUUUUGGACAAGGUUGGGCGUUCCCAGGGACAAGAUUCUGUUGGGGCUCCCCUUCUACGGCCGGACGUACACACUAUCUGGGGGGACUGUGACUGGGCCUGGCAAUGCAGGCAACUACACGAGACACAGUGGAACACUAGCAUACUAUGAGGUGUGCAAGAUCCUGCAGGACGGCGCCACUGGUCAGCGUAUCGACGCACAGAAGGUGCCCUUCCUGGUCAGCAAGAACCAGUGGGUUGGCUAUGAUGAUGAGAAGAGUCUGGCGGCGAAGGUGAAAUACGUCAUCGACAACGGUUUUGGCGGCGUGAUGGUGUGGGCCCUGGACAUGGACGACUUCAAGAGCAUCUGUGGCAAAGCUUUCCCUCUCAUGAACGCUGUGAAGAACGCAUUUGGGACCAUGACUGGACAACGAACAGGCUUUCCUUCACUUGGGUGACACCCAGCACACUUUGUUAUCUUCUACCAUUGUAAAUAAAACUAAUAGUACGAU